AUGAGAACCUGCUCGGUUGCGGGCUGGUGUUUAUUCGUUACUGUAAUUUUUUUCAAAUUCUGCUAUUUGUUUAUCUUCUCUAUUGCUGAAGUUCUCGUCGUACGGCCUUUAAAAAAAAGUACAGUGAAGUGGUUAGUUAUCUUAUCGUCGUCUUUGUUCGUAGGUGUAUAAUUUUCGAUCGUCCAUUCAAUCCUUUUCUAACUUGUGUUGCAUUCCAUCAGAGUCAAAAUGGUUCAUCAUAUUGCUAAUGUGGAAGAUUUUGAUAAGAAGAUUGAUGAGGCUGGAGAGAAACUUGUUGUAAUAGACUUUUUUGCUACUUGGUGUGGACCUUGUAAAAUGAUUGCACCAUUUUUUCAGGAACUGUCUGAUGAAUAUACUGAUGUUGUCUUCUUGAAGGUGGAUGUUGAUGAAGUGGAGGACGUUGCAGCUAAGUACAAUGUCAGCAGUAUUCCAAAAUUUGUUUUCUUAAAAAACAAAGAACAAGUUGAUGAUAUGUGUGGAGCAGAUCAAGACAAGCUAAAGGAAAUACUCUUGAAGCACAAGUAAAUGGAAAUAUAACAUGCAUUUGUCCAUGUUUCGGGAACAUAUAUUUACGCUUAGUCGAUGACUCGUCAAAUUUUAAUUUAAUGUUUUUAUCAGCAAAAUAAUUUUCCAUCAUUUGGCAAUCUGCACACAGUACAACUAUCUCAUAACUUCAGUAUGAAUGUGUUUAACUGAUAUUGCUCUAUAAGUAAUUUUUUCCUGCUAUCAUCGACUGUAGUGACUUUUAAAUUGAUUCUAAUGAUUUUAUACUAAAUGUACUUGUGUUUGUAAAUGCAAUAAUUUUAUUACAUGCAAAAUUUCAUGUUUUGUUGUCUAUCUGAUUUUUCUAAAUGCAUUGUUUGUUGUUGGCAUAGUAUGCAUAAUAUUUGCUAUUUAUAAAAUCUCAAUUUUAUUUAUAUCAAACUUACAUUUAAGAACUAUGAUUUUGUUACCUGUAGAAUUUAUUUUUCUAUCAAAUGUAGUACUUACAAAAAAAUGUUUUGGAAGCUGUGUCCAAUAUUUCUGUAGUAUGCAUAAUGAAUUACAAAUAAAAAAAUUACUGACAUUUCUUGAAAAAAUGUCAUUUGCUUACAACUUUUUGCCUAUGUAAUGUGAUACCAGGUAAUAUUUAUUAUUAUUAUUUUUUAAUUUUCAUUUUGCUUAAAGUUGCCAUUUUUCAAAAGCUCCAAGAAUGCUUCAAUAUUGGACCUUUGAAUACAGUACAAUAUUUUUGAAUAUAGUCUUGUAUACUUUCAGUGUAGAACGAAUAUUAAAAUGUUCUUUAAAUGGUA